UAUAUUUGUCAAUGAGGUUCUCUAUGCCACGUUGGAAGUUUAGCGCUGCAUUGCGAUUCAUGCUGUUAUUCGUAGAAAGGGGUUUGCCUCAUCGGCUCGCGUGCCGAUAUUUGUGAAUAUCGAAAACAUGAAGGCGCCGAUGUGAGCUGAGUGUCAGAGGAGUGUUUUAGAAUUUCUCGACGUUUUUCGAGUGUGUGUUCACGGCGUUGGUGCAGGGUGGGGCGAGGGUAAAAGUAAGAGAAGCCCCAGCGAUGUCGUCAGACAUGAAUCUGUUUGACUUUCUGGACGACACGUUUCUCAAGGGGGACGUUAAGGAACUGUUCGUCGAUCAUAAUUACAGUGACGUCAUCGCGGCAGAGGAAUGCCCGACGAAUCCCGACGACCUGUUCGCCUCGAUCCUGAAGAUGGAGGAGGAGGACCCCCUGGACUUCAGCCUGAUCGGGAAAGACCUGGAGACGAUUGCGUCCUCCUCGUCGGACAGCGGUCUCUCCAGCGCGUUGAGUCUCUCCUACGAACAGCAAUUGAGUCCGUUUCUCUCGUCGCGGACAGACAACAAUGAGGAGGAGGAGAUCGGCAAUAACUCCAACUUGAGCAGUCCGCAGCAGGAUUUUAUGGAGUUGGAGCCUGCGGCCAGUCCAUCCUUGGCCAGCGUGGAUAGCCCCGUAAGAUCUGUCAUGAGUUCGAAUAUUGGCUCGCCAACCAAUGACGUAGUCGAAGAGAUGGAUUACGAGCAAUCCCUGGUUGCCAUUGUAACGCCGAACAAUACCAUGCCGUGUUCGGAUGCUUCUAUCGCUGCGGAACAACCGGUCGUUGAUAUCGAUUCAGCGUCUAAACAGCAAGUGCAGGUCAAUACGCCACAAGAGAAUACCGUGAACGUUCGUAAUCUGACGUGUAACGGCAAGCGAAAUAUUCGACAACUGAUACGCGUCACUCCAAUGGGUUCCGGUAAUCCACGGUCUAUCCUAUUGCCCGUGAGCCUGAAAGACAUGAAGGAGGUCCGAACUAUUAAGAUCAUGACAACACAGGCGAAAAAUUUGAAAGGCUUCAAGAUCAACCAAGCAAACAUUAUCAAUAAACCUAUUCAGAUGACGAUCAAACAAGAGGAUUCUGGCAGUGAAAAGGGCACUUCCAGUGAUGAAGUGACGUCGGAAACAGAUUCAGCUUAUCCACGCCUAAAGUUAAAUGACGAGGAGAAGCGAUUAUUGCAAAAAGAGGGCAUUACAUUACCCAGUCACUAUCCGCUGACGAAACACGAGGAGCGUGAAUUAAAGAGGAUCAGACGCAAAAUCCGUAAUAAGAUAUCCGCGCAGGACUCUCGCAAAAGGAAAAAGGAGUACGUGGAUGGUUUGGAAGAUCGUGUGAAAAAGUGUACACAGGAGAAUGAAACUUUAUUGAAACGGAUCAAAGUCUUACAAUCGCAAAAUCAGAGUCUGGCUGGUCAGUUAAAGAGAUUACAAGCAAUCAUACAAAAGAGCAACAAGAGCGCUCAACCAGCAACUUGUCUGAUGGUCUUGUUGCUUUCGUUAGCUCUUGUGGCUUUACCAAAUUUGCGACCACAUUCCAACAAUAACAACGAUUUAACACAAGAACAGGAGCAACCAGAGAAAACGUCACUCGCAGGUCGCUCGAGGACUUUAUUGUACACGAAGCAGCUAAUGGACGAAGACCUACAGCAAUACGGCGAAGAGCUAUUGCAGGAGGUCGAGGGCCUUCUAGAUCAUGAUUACAGCCCAGUAAUUCAAAUGCCUUUCUACAAACGUCCUCGCAUUGACAACGAACCUACUCCUAAGUACAUCUCUUCUAUGAAUCAUGUGGGAGGAACGCUUGGUUUAAAACCAGAUCUUGGUGUCUCAAAAAUGAAGAAACAAUAUAUUGAACCUCCAUUGGAUGAUAUAUGGCCACCGCCUAAUCCAGGCGGCAUCCAAAAAACAGUUACCGUGGAUAAGCUUGAAACGGUUACUAACGAGUUUAAGAUUAACAUCUCCGAUACUGAAGGCACCAGAACAGUUCUUGUCAAGAUGCCUCAUGAUAAGUAAGAUGAAACGUAUUUACUUUUUUCUAAUAGCGAGACAGUAGAAUCUUGUUUAGUUUAGGAAUUCAUAUUAGAUUAGAAAUACAUUUUAUUACAGCAGUAGAGAGAGGUUUAUUUCCUCUGGACGUUCAAGCGUUAUGAUCGACUCGAUUAAAACAACUUUUUUAUAUCCAAGACAAUGAAUAUAUUCAAUAGAGUAGUAUUCAAUUAUGUAACUAUUGAAUAUUGCAACACUGAAAGUUAUUACGAAUAAAGUAGCAUAUAUCCAUAAAUAUAACAAUUAUUUGUCAAAAUUAUGUUUUCUAAACGUACUCAAUAUACCUGUCAGUCAAAAACAUCGAAUUAUUAGCAAGUAAUGUUAAUGAAACUGUUAAACUGCGAACCGCAGGCGGUUGCAGUCAAUCAUUUUUGCAAGAACAUUUUCUUGUUUGCUGAAUGUGGUUCAUAUAUGAGUAGGAAAUGGGGAAAAAAA